AUGGCGCGGUCAAGCAGACCAAGCGCUGCUUCGGCGAUAUUGGUGCUCUUGGCCACUCUGCUGGCGCUGUGUACGAGCAUGGCCAACGCAGUCUUACUCCCAUCCUCCAACGACUGGAUCAACUCCAACUACGUCAAGCAGAUCGACCUCACUGGCUCAACAUCGCACACCCUCACUACCAUCUCGAUCAGGCCCAAGUCGACACUAUCGGCCGAUGUGCUGCCGUACUACUUCCUGCUGAGCGCACACGAAGCCCAACACCUCUCGUGGAGCCGAAUGACGAUCAAGCCCGCGCUCGAUUCGCCCCUCGCCUCCAGCUCCGAGUACAAGGGCGGUGUUCGACCCCUCAUCGACUUUUCGCCGCAGGGCGCGAUCGACGGUGAUACAGACAGUUAUCUGUUCGAAGCGCUGGUUCCGACAAGCGUGCUGGGUGCCGACGGCGCGACCUUGACGCUCGAAACCACGCUCAACCACAUCACCACCCCGCUGCCCGAGACUGUCAAGCAGACCGACCCGCAGCUGUUCCUCUGGAACGGCGACGCCGCCAUUCGCUCCCCCUACACCACCGACAGCGGUCGCAUCAAGGUCAAAGCCGCCUCGCCCAGAAUCGUCUCCUUCACCCCCGAGGACGCCACCAAGUCCGGCAGCAUCGUCACCUAUGGUCCUUUCGAACGCGUUGCGCCCUAUUCCACCUCGUCACCUGUCGCCAAGGGUUCCGUACACUUCCAAGCGGACGCUCCUCGGGCAACCAUCGUCACCCUCGAUCGCACCGCCGAGAUCAGCCACUGGGGCGAUGCGCUCUCCAUCACCGACCGCAUGCUCCUCCGCAACGCUGGGCCCAAGCUCAAAGGACACUUUUCCAGGAUUGAGCACCAGAUGUCGUCCUUCUACAACCGCGCUUCUGGCUCCGCACUCUCCACCUUGACUUUUACACUGCCCGCAGGGACCAAAGACCCUUGGUUCAUCGACCAGAUUGGCAACGUCUCCACUUCACGUUUCCGCUCCUCAUCGCCCGAUCCGUCGCUACUGACCUCUACGGUUGGCAUCCCUGCCACACAAGCGCUCAUCUCCAGACUCUCGCUGCUGGAGCUGCAACCUCGCUUCCCGCUGCUCGGCGGCUGGAACUACACGUUUGGCAUCGGCUACACGCUCCCGCUCUCUUCGGGUGGGUGGACCAAGCGCAUCGCGGGCUCGGACGAUUACCUUACCGCCAUCCCUCUGUUCACGCCGCUCAAGGAUGUGGCGGUGGACGAGCUGAGCACCACGAUCGUGCUGCCAGAGGGCGCAACGCGGGUGAGCAUCGAACUGCCCUUUCCCAUGGACAACGUCGACAAUGGCAUCGUCAAGACGUAUCUCGAUACCAUGGGCAGGCCGGCGGUGCAAUUGACCAAAAAGGGAUGCUCGAGCGAACAUGCGCAGUUGGUCUAUGUCAAGUACACACUGACACACCGGGCGAAUAUGGUCAAGGUGGCCGCGGUGGCGGUGGUGACGGGCGCUCUGCUACUCGCUACGGCGGUGCUGCAGCGAGUCGAAACCAAGAUCAAGUGA